AUGAUGGCGAUGCAGAAUCGACAUAAAAGCGCAGAUAAGGCCCGAUUUAAGCCAAAAUAUUUUUACCAGUUCAGAAUUAUUUUAAUCGGAGACAGUACUGUGGGGAAAUCAUCUCUCUUACGCCAGUUCACAGAGGGACAAUUCAUAGAAAAUUCUGACCCAACUGUCGGCGUAGAUUUCCAUGUCAGAGUUGUAAUGCUAUCAGGUGAGUUUGUAAACAUAGUGGGCACUUUUCUGAUGAUGUAAAAAUAGUUCUUGGUUACUUUUGUACCUUCUGAUAUUGUAACUGCGAUAUUUUCCUUAAAAUAUCAGAUCUUACGGAUUUCUACAAUUACAAUACUACCUAGAAUCUUCCAAGUUGCUGAAAACUGUGAAGCCUAUUUUGGAAUUUUUGUGUUGAUACAGGCUUGGUUAAGCUUAAGCCUAUAUUUAUGCAUGUCAUAUUUAAAGAUUAUGCAAUGCAAUUUACUUGAACUUAGUAUUAAAGAUUCGUUUAUAGCCAGUUGUCCGGACAGAGUGCUAUUUCAUAAUAGAUUUCUCGAGAAUUUCGCAGUAUUGGAGCAAUUACUGCAUAUAGGUGUUUUUACGGGGCUUAAGUAGAGAAUAAUACUGAUACUUUACAAACUCAUCAAUAUUCAGUAAGUAAGCUUUUAUUGUCCAACUGAAUGCAUGAAUUAAUUUACCAGUGGUCUGAAGCCCCCUGACAGCUCCCUGCUCUCAGAGAUGACCAACUCCGCCUAGGCAUGGAAUAUGCUGAAAAUAAUGGUUAUUGCCUCCUGGACUGGAAAUAUGCAGGAUGGACACUCCAGAGCCGUUAAAAUCGAUGGAUUAUAGUUAUUGUUAGGGGUCUUUCCUUGAGAAUCUUAUACCAGUCCUAUAAAGGCUUGUGAGACUUUCUGCUCAAUAUUAAAACUAAAAGUGAAAUAUGUUAUAAUAAUGAUUGUUGUUACUGUAAAUGCAAAAUGAUUUUUGGGCAGAUAAUUAGUAAACAAAAGCAAUGUAGACGCUUAAAACUGUGCACCUCUGUGUCACUUUUUGUUUGAAUAACUCAAGUUCACCAACAUUUCUUAUUUUCUUUUAUUCUAUUCUGAACUUUUAAAUAAAAAAUGCUUGUAAAGGACAAGACAUCAACCAAAUGAAGUACUCCAGGGACAAACUUUUCAAACCAUUCAAAACAUUCAGAGCGAGUGUUUUAUCAAGGUUAAUGUACUUGCUCUCAGUGUUUUACUAAACCUUUUUUAGAUUAUUAACCAGCCAGGUAUUUUCAACCAACAAAGGGUUUUAAUUCUAAGGAACAUUUUAAGCUAUCAAAUUAUUUGUGUGUUUUCAACAGCAGAUGUGAGAAUAAAACUGCAGAUCUGGGACACAGCAGGACAGGAGAGAUUCCGCUCUAUCACAUACUCUUACUACAGAAAUACGGUUGGAUGUUUAAUAGUUUAUGACAUUACUAGCAGAGAGUCUUUUCUCCAUGUCAAAGACUGGCUUAGGGAGGCAAGGCAGUGUGUCGAAGAACAGGACGUUGUAUUCAUGUUGGUCGGUCACAAGAUUGACAAAGAGUCAAGAAGGGUUGUCUCCACUGAGGAAGGAGAACGCUUUGCUGAGGCAAACAAUAUGAUGUUCAUAGAGACAUCUGCUAAGGUUUUAUGUAAUAUUGAAGAAGCCUUUAUUAGUGUCACUGAAGAAGUUUACAAACGAAUGGAGAGAGGUGACUUAGGGCUAAGGGAUGGCUGGGAUGGAAUUAAAGCCCUGCCGAUGCGACCUACUGAUGUUCUGGGCAUUGGACAUGCUGCGUCAGCUGAAGAUUUACUUGAACAACAGGAAUCUAGAAAGUGUUGUAAUUAA